CUUGCAUUGCAUGAAGAAUUGAUCAUGUGAGGCUGCCUGCCUAAAUCCCAUUUUCAUCCAUCUGCAUGAGGCCUCCUCGAAGCUUCAGUAUAGAACGUAUGUAUAUCGGUCGAUGCCUGUUCGAUUAUCAUUACCGACGCACCGGAUUUGGAUCCGCUCUUAACGGUCGGACAGUGGAAUUCCAAUUCUUGAGGCAGGACGGAGAAGGAUGGAUACGCUGCUGCGUCCGACGUGAGCUGACUCUGUACACCGCAUUUUCCGCUGCUGCUCAAUCUAGUAACUGGACCCGUGUAUUCGUUGGUGGAUCACAUCAAAAUAUCAAGCGUCUGGGUUGCCUCUGUAGGUACACUCAACGGCCCAACAAUGCAUCCAUGUUUGAGCUGGCCGACUCCGCUUCAUGGAAUUUGUUACCUCGGAAGAAAUUAAGGGGGAGGGGGGAGGGGAAAAAAGAAUCACACCUUCGAUCUAUCAAUAUGACAAAUACGACCGUUGGCAAGCUUCCUGCACGGCAGACCGACAGUCACAGUCGAAAGCGACUCUGUCCAAAGUAGACUUUGAUGCACUGUAGAUCCCACUGAUGUUGCCGUUUUCUGGUGUACGGAGUAGCUUUAGCACUAUUUUGGCGAUCACCCCAGAGACCUUUCGGCCGGUUCUCGACCAAGGUACCGAGUAUAUGCGACACUUAACGUCGUGAGCAUUGCCAGACCGCCCUCAAUUAAACGAACGGUACUAAGGCAGAGUCUCUGACAAUUGCGGCCUUCGCUAGAACUUCUAGCGUUAGUAGCAC